GGUGAAUGCGUAGAGGUUUCUAUUUCCGGGAAAUUGGGGUUUCAAGAAAAGAUGGAGAGGAUUUUGAUGGCAGCGAGUCAGGCAGGAGGAGAAUCCUUGUUGGCAACAAUAAAAUACGCAGUUCUACCAAUUGCAAAAGUCUUCACAAUGUGUUUUAUGGGGUUCCUGAUGGCAUCUAAGUAUGUUAACAUCUUCCCUGCGAGUGGACGGAAGCUUCUUAAUGGGCUGGUCUUUUCUCUUCUUCUUCCAUGUUUGAUAUUCUCUCAACUGGGACGAGCUGUCUCUUUACAGAAAAUUGUGGAGUGGUGGUUUAUACCGGUCAACGUUGUUAUUGCCACUAUAACAGGUUCCAUAAUAGGGUUUGUAGUUGCAUCCAUUGUUCGACCCCCAUAUCCAUACUUCAAGUUUACCAUUAUACACAUUGGAAUUGGGAAUAUUGGAAAUAUACCUCUUGUCCUGAUUGCGGCUUUAUGUCGAGAUAAAUCCAACCCUUUCGGCGACUCAAGCAAAUGUAGCGAGGAUGGGAAUGCGUACAUCUCAUUUGGCCAAUGGGUUGGUGCUAUUAUACUAUAUACGUAUGUAUUUCAAAUGCUUGCGCCUCCUCCAGAAGGUUCCUUCGAUGUAGCUGAAGAGCAAAAGCUUCCAAUCAAAUCUACUCCAGUGAAUGGUAUGCCCGAGCAAGUUCCCUUCCUAACAUCAGAAGUGGCUGAAGACAGUGAACCAACAGAAAUAACAUCCUCAAAGAGAGGAAAGAUACUUGAUGCCUUGCACUAUAUAUUUGAAAAGUUGAAGAUUAAGCAAAUUGUUCAGCCUCCUAUCAUUGCUUCUAUACUGGCGAUUUUUAUUGGUGUUAUACCAUUUCUAAAGAACUUGAUCCUUACAGACGAUGCUCCAUUCUUCUUUUUCACAGACAGCUGCAUUAUGCUUGGGGAGGCCAUGAUCCCAUGCAUUUUACUGGCUUUGGGUGGCAAUCUUAUCGACGGACCUGGAAGUUCGAAGCUAGGACUAAAGACAACCGCUGCCAUUAUAUUUGCACGGUUGCUGUUGGUUCCUCCAACGGGGCUCGGCGUUGUUAUGCUGGCUGAUAAGCUCGGCUUCCUUCCAGAAGGUGACAAGAUGUUUCGUUUUAUCCUCCUCCUGCAGCAUACAAUGCCCACAUCUGUGCUGUCUGGUGCUGUUGCCAAUUUAAGAGGGUGUGGAAGGGAAGCGGCUGCCAUCCUUUUCUGGGUUCACAUCUUUGCAAUCUUCUCAAUGGCGGGAUGGAUUACUCUCUACCUCAGCAUUCUCUUUUAAUCAAUGCUCCACAUUCAUCCAUUUCAAUGUUUAUAUGAGCAUGUAUAUCAUUACUAAAUCCAAAUGACUUAGCUGUUGCAGGCGGAACAUUUUUGGCAUGCCCGGCCCGGUGAUCACACAUGUAUCGCAAUUUUUGCCUGCAUUAUUCCCGUAAUGGCAAGAGGGGAUUGCAGGUGUGCCUACUCUUCCUGGUGAUAUUCCCAUUUAUGUUUCUCGUUA